GUCAGUACAGGAGCUGCCCUUGUGUUGUGUGGUGUUGCAGAGCUCCCACCUGCAUCCAACGGAGCAGGUUGAAGAAGUCACUCCCCCCGUACAGGGUCCGUGUCCUCCUGUUCUGGCCCCCAAGCUGGGGCUGAGGGUGCUGACUUCCUUAGCUCUCUGCCCCGUGCCCAUGAGGAGGGUGGCCUCUCUGUCCUGUUGUCUAUUCUGGUAUUCUCAGCCUCCAACAUUCAAAAAUUGUAAAUCUGACCCCCAAAUCAUGGGACUUCAAUAAACUUUUUGUUUCUUUAUUUGCUUUCUGGGUUUUGAAUCAUUUGGGUCAUGUUUUCCAGCAUUUCUCUGUACCAGAAAAGGUUAGAAAGGUACAAAACCAGAAAAAGUUACGAGAAAGCUAAGAUUCUCAUGUAGUCACCUGACUUCAGAAACUGGGGCAUUAAGAAGAACUACUAUUGCAAGACACACUGAAUUUGUAGGAGUUGGUAACAAUAGUCCUUUGCGUGCUUCUGGGUCCUUGGACAUACUUAGGUUACCCCGAUCUGUAGGAACUAGUACAGGGAGGAGAGGCAUGUGAUCCAUUCACAGUGAAAAACAUGUUGCCUAAAUUUUCUCUCUCAAAUGUUUUCAGUGCUUGUGUAUGCAAAUGCACUAAAUCCCUGCCAGUUACCUUUUAAAUGUUGAGGAAGAUCUACGUAUAAAAGAUUGAUCAUCAGAGCACAUGGUUUGUUACUACUAGUUCUUGAAGAACCAGAUAAUCUGCAUUAGACAAAUCCUGAGCAGCAGACUGGAUACUUGUAGGAAACUUGCAGAUUAGGAAAAAAAAUUGCUUCAAGAUUCGAACAACUCUGGAAAAAAUAAAGCAGAAUUGCAAAAGUUGGUGGCUGAGUUGCCAUUACUUUGAAAUGUGCCUUCCUUUAAAAAAAAAAUACUUCAAGAUGUUUGAAGAUGCAAGAUCACCUUUCUGAAGACUCCCUGCACAGGAUAGCCUGGGCUGAAUCUUCUGCCUAUCUCGAUCAGCAUUCUGUUGCAAUAGAAUUAGAAAAAAAAAAUGGCUGGACCAUUAACCAAUGUGACCAUAUGUAAGGACAAAGAAGGAAAACCCAAGUCUUUUGGAUUUGUCUGCUUUAAGCACACAGAAUCAGUGCCUUAUGCUAUAGCUUUGCUGAAUGGAAUCCGUUUAUAUGGAAGACCAAUUAAAGUACAGUAUCGAUUUGGGAGUUCCCACUCACCAGAGUUAAACAGCCCUAGCCAAGGUUUUGAGAACUGGGUUGACAUAUAUUCACCAACGUAUAGGAAUCAAGAGCCUUAUGGCAGUCCUCCAUUUCCCAUUACUCCUUUUCCAAUGAACAAUAGUUUACCUCAGGAAUAUUCAGUCUUUCAAAAGAUGAUGAGCCAUUUUUUAACACAGCAGUAUGCUGUUUACAGUCCAAUGGAACAGCAGCUUCCUUACUAUCAGAUGACUCCACCACCAUCUUCAGUUUUUCCCAUGCCACCCUAUAUGAAUCCUGUUGAGGAUUUUAAAGCUGGGCAAAGCUCUUUUGAGUGGGUUCCUCCACAACUGAGCGACUGUGAAUCAUAUCUGGCUAAUGAAAAUGCUUGUAAAAGAAAAAGAGAGCAGCAAACUAGUGAUAGUGACAGUAGCAUGGAAAAUGACAGAAAAAAACAAAGAGAACAUGGCCAAAAAUACCGUAAGUGUAAGAUCAAGAAAAAAAGGCACUAAUAUUGUGUGACUGAGUUCACAGUUUUUUUUAAUUGCGCUUUUAUUUGUUCUUUUUAUUUGAGAGUGAGCAUCUCUCAUUUUUGCACUUUACUAAAAUGGACCCACAAGAUUCAUGACUAUUAUUUUUGAAAUGUUAUAUGUAUAAAGUAUCCUGACAUUGCAGUUAAUCUUAUCAUAUUUGGAGGAAGAAAUCCUUCUAAAAAAGGUAUAGGAAAAGUAUUGUAAAAGUUGAACUUUUCCUAAUAAAGGAAAAAAGCA